AUGAUUGGUAGUCUUCCAUAUCUUACAGCAAGCAGGCCAGAUAUCACCUUUGUUGUUGGUGUGUGUGCUAGGUAUCAAGCUGAACCAAAAGCUAGCCAUCUUGUGCAAUUCAAACGAAUCAUCAAGUAUGUAAAUGGAACUAGUGACUAUGGCAUCCUCUACUCACAUGAUCCAAAUUCCAUGUUGAUAGGCUAUUGUGAUGCUGAUUGGGCUGGCAGUGCUGAUGAUAGGAAGAGCACAUCUGGAGGUUGUUUCUUCCUUGGUGGAAAUCUUAUCUCAUGGUUUAGUAAGAAGCAGAAUAGUGUGUCCUUGUCUACUACUGAGGCUGAAUACAUAGCUGCUGGGAGUAGCUGUCCUCAACAAAUCUGGAUGAAGCAAAUGCCAAAGGAGUACAAUGUCCCAAAAGAUGUCCUGACAUUGUAUUGUAAUAAUUUGGGUACUAUUAACAUCUCUAAGAAUCCUAUAUAG